GAAGCGAGUGGUGGCGCUUCGGCGGAGGGGACCUUGGUUGGCCGAGCGGGAUCGCUUACCGGCCUGGCGCCGCCCGAAGCGAGAUGAAUAUAGAAGCAGAACAACAUCUUCUCCAUAGUGCUAGAAAUGGAAACUCCGAAGAAAUCCGGCAACUGUUGGAAACCCUGAAGAAGAAAGAGGUUGCUUUUAAUAUCAACUGCAAAGGCAGAAGUAAAUCUAAUUUGGGAUGGACUCCUCUUCAUCUUGCAUGCUACUUUGGGCAUACCAGUGUUGUGAGGGACUUGCUGAAGGCUGGUGCUGAAGUAAAUGUGCUAAAUGACAUGGGAGACACUCCAUUGCAUCGUGCAGCUUUCACUGGACGCAAGGAGGUGGCUAUGCUGCUUUUGGAAUAUGAUGCUGAUACUUCCAUUGUUAAUGGGAAUGGGCAAACUGCAAAAGAUGUUACACAUAACAAAGAAAUAAGAGAGAUGCUAGAAGCUGUGGAAAGAACCCAAGAAAGAAAACUCGAGGAAGUCCUCUUAGGAGCUGCAAGGGAAGGCGAGACUGGAAAGCUCACAGAACUGUUAAACAGGCCAAAGCCUCCUGACAUUAACUGUAUAGAUCAGAUGGGAAACACACCACUGCAUUGUGCAGCAUAUCGGGCCCACAAGCACUGUGCUUUGAAACUACUCAAAGCUGGAGCAGACCCCAAAAUAAAAAAUAAAAAUGGUCAGACACCCUUGGAUUUGGCUCAAGGAGCAGAAAUGAAACACCUACUUGAAGGGGGAAUUGGGAAGGUGAUCAACAAACCUCUGAAACGAUAUGAAGGUCUACUAUGGAAGAGCUCAAGAUUUUUUGGCUGGAAACCUUAUUGGGUAGUACUGGAACAUGGAGUCCUGUCCUGGUACCAAAAACAGGUUGAUAUAGGAAAUCGUAACCGCCGUCAAGGAUGCAAGCACUUAACACAAGCCAUUUGCACAGUAAAAAGUGCAGAUGGUUGUCUAUUCUCUAUCAAGUGCUUUGAUAAUACAGUUCACAGUUUUAAAGUCCCCAAGACCAAUCCUCAACAAUCAAGAGAGAACUGGGUGCAGGCUAUUGAAGACCAUUCAGCAUAUAGCACACACUACUGUACUCAAGAACAGUGGAGUGACAAUGAAGAAGAGGACGAUCCAGUAUCAGUUGUUGAGUUGCAAGACUCACUUAAAGAGGCACAGACAUGUCAGCAAAGACUAGAUAAGGAGAUUUCCAGUUUCGUCUCCUUCAUCAAGUCCUGUGACACCACUCAGGGUGUCCCCGUCUCAUUUCUCAAGAAAGCUGAAGUGGUCUCUGAAACGUCAAGAGAAACUUGUGAAGCCCUGAGUAACUGCCUCAAACUCUUCACUAAGCAAGAAGGGGUGAGGAAUCUGAAACUGGAGCACGAGCAAGAGAAAAACAAGAUCUUAUCUGAAGCACUGGAAACAUUAGCCACCGAGCACCAUGAACUGGAGCAGUCACUAGUCAAAGGAUCACCACCUCUGAGCAUCCUUAGUGAGGAACAAUUCUAUGAUGCUGUUUCAGAUUCGGAAUCCGAAAAAUCAUUGAGUGGAUUUGAAACUGUGACAACUUCUUCAUUAGAAGACAGUGUGGGUUCCAGUGAUACUAUAACAUCUGACAUGACUGAAGAGAAAAGCCGUAAAAGUGGAGAGACUUUGUCAAAUGGCAUCAAAAAACACAGGACAAGCUUGCCCUCUCCAAUGUUUUCACGAAAUGAUUUCAGUAUUUGGAGCAUCUUAAGAAAGUGCAUCGGAAUGGAGCUGUCCAAGAUUACUAUGCCAGUCAUUUUUAAUGAGCCACUGAGUUUCCUUCAGCGACUGACAGAAUAUAUGGAGCAUACAUAUUUAAUUCACAAAGCCAGCUCUCUUUCUGAUCCAGUAGAACGAAUGCAGUGUGUAGCUGCCUUUGCUGUCUCUGCUGUUGCAUCUCAGUGGGAACGUACUGGAAAGCCGUUCAACCCAUUACUCGGAGAGACGUACGAACUGGUUAGAGAAGAUCUUGGAUUCAGACUCAUCUCGGAACAAGUUAGUCAUCACCCACCCGUCAGUGCUUUUUACGCUGAAGGACUGAGUAAUGACUUUGUGUUUCAUGGUUCCAUUUAUCCUAAACUCAAAUUCUGGGGGAAGAGUGUUGAAGCAGAGCCCAAGGGGAUAAUAACUCUGAAACUUCUUGAACACAAUGAAGCAUAUACAUGGACAAAUCCUACUUGCUGUGUGCAUAACAUCAUUGUUGGCAAGCUGUGGAUUGAGCAAUAUGGCAAUAUGGAAAUAACCAAUCACAAGACUGGUGACAAGUGCAUGUUAAAUUUCAAACCAUGUGGCCUUUUUGGGAAGGAAUUGCACAAAGUUGAAGGCUACAUUCAGGACAAAAGCAAAAAGAAACUAUGUGCACUUUAUGGGAAAUGGACUGAUUGCUUGUACAGUGUUGACCCUGCUACAUUUGAAGCGUACAAAAAAAAUGACAAGAAAAACACAGAAGAUAAGAAAAACAAUAAACAGAUGGGUGGUUCAGAUGAACCAGAUGAGGUGCCUUUGCCAGAUUCUGAAACUGUGUGUGUUAUUCCUGGAAGUGUUUUGUUAUGGAGGAUAGCUCCAAGGCCAGCAAACUCAGCACAGAUGUACAACUUCACUACCUUUGCAUUGGCUUUGAAUGAACUGGACAAAGAAAUGGAAAGUGUUAUUCCUAAAACUGACUGCCGAUUGCGACCAGAUAUAAGAGCCAUGGAAAAUGGUGAAAUAGAUUUAGCUAGCGAAGAAAAGAAACGGCUUGAAGAAAAACAAAGAACUGCCCGUAAAAACAGGUCUAAGUCAGAUGAAGAGUGGAAGACGAGUCAACCAGUGGCCCUGGCUCCCAGGUGGUUUCAUCAAGCUCCUAAUCCCUACAUCGGUGGACAUGACUGGAUUUACUCUGGGAACUACUGGGACAGAAGCUACUUUAACUUGCCUGACAUUUAUUAAAAUGCAUUGGGAAGCCUGAGGCUAACACAAAACAAGUCUAAAUCAGUUUUCAGUGUUUUCCCUUGUUCCUAAAACUGACUUUUCAUUGAAUAUGCUGUUAAGUAGCUUCUGCAGCAGCUAUGGUGGCACAGGAUUGUUCCUUGGGAAGAAGCCUUUUUAUCACUCUCCCUAUAUUAAGUAAUAUAUACAUAUGUACUUACAAAAAUCAAUUAUGGGUGCUGUAUGCGGGAGGGACCUAGCCACGUUUGCUGAAGGAAGCAAUAAAAUAAAUAUUCAGUCACCCAGAAAUGAAACACCUUGUCUUUAGGUUAGUGAUAGCUGUGGUGACUUAAUGGAAGCUUGAGGUUUCUUAUGAGACAAAUACCAAAAGCACAUUCAUCAAAUGCAAUACUCCGCUGGCAUGAAGGGCAGGUCACUCUUGGGAAGUCUGUCUUAAUGUUUUACAUCGUAAAAUACUGGAUUAUGGAUAGUGAGGCUGGAAAUGUUACUGUCCCUGCACCAGCCACCCUUCCCCUCUUAACUCCCUGAGGUCUGAAAUAGGGUAAACUGGUAACAUCAUUCAGCAGUGUCUAUUCCAUGUUUAGUGCAGUGUUUUCGAAUUUGCUCUUUCAUGUCUUAUUACCAUGCUUGUAUGCCUAAGGAAUUAAGAGCCAUUUAAAUCUUUGAAAGUUGAAUUUGAACUAAGAUGAAGUAUUUUUUUUAAAAUCUGCAAUGCACUAGGAGAGCGAUGCCCAGCGCUGUCACAGGUGGGUGGGGAGGGGGAAUUGGCCUAAGGGGUUCUAGUGCACUUGGGGCACUUGCUGCCACCAGCAACUACUCUGGAAGGAAGUCGUCUGCAUUUCAAAGCCAGUAAGGCAGGUCUAAGACUACUGUACACAGCAGAUUUACCCCUUUCUUUGGGGUUCAUUGAGCUUUAUGGAAUUCUAUAUUUGUAUA